AUGGAUCCAAGCAGUCCAUUGUUUCAAAACUCGAUGCAGCAACAACAAAAUCAACAAAGAAUUAUGGAAUUGAACGAAAGAAACGAAAGAGAUAAGACUGCGAGACAGAAGGAAAAGGAACGAGAAGAAGAGAGAAGAAAAUUGGAGGAUGAAAAAAUACUGCAGCUCGAAAAAAAGUUGGAGGAGUUCCAGGAAAAUGCAAGAUUUAUAGGAGAUCUUGCUUCGAAUUUCCAAGCAAAGAACCAGGACGCUUUGAACGGACGAAUAUACUCACUUGUCCGAGGAUUACAAGAUUUGGAUCGGAUGAAAGGGAGUUUUAGUGAUAAACAAGUUCCGAUGGAUCUUUUACCAUAUCUUGACGAAGGCAAGAAUCCUUUGUUGUAUUCGAAACAUUGCAUGGAAAAGACUUUGGAAAAAAAUAAAGCGGUUAACGGUAAAAUCGAAAUUUACAAGAAGUUCCGAGCACAUCUCAUGAAAGAGUUCAGCGAAGAAAUGCCUGAUUUGGUCAUGGAGUACAGAAACGAAAGAGGAUAA